AUGCCGGGCCUGCCGAGAGAGCCUGCUACUCCGGGCUCACCUGACUCCCAGAUGACUGCGACUUGCACUCCAUCUCGGGGCCGGCGGAAACCUCAACCCUCAUUGGACACGGCAAACGUGACCGUGAAGAAGCAAGUGUUCGAACUCCUGUCGGCCCUCUGCGUGUACAACAACGAGGGAUACUUUCGAGCCGUCGAUUCCCUCGAACACUACAAGAACUUGAAAGGGGAGCGUUACAGGUUCAACGUGGUGGUUAAGGAGCUUCGAAAUGCGCCUUCGGUCGAGUACAAGACUGCGCUUGUUGCGUUCAUCAAUUGUGUCAUCAUUUCCACCCCGGCCAUCAAGGAUCGCGUCCGGAUACGGAAUGAGUUCCUCGGCCUCAAACUCCUCCCCAUUCUCAACGAACUCAGGAAAGAGGCAAAUCCGGACUCAGCAUUGGCUGUACAACUGGACGUGUUCGACGAGCAGAAAGAAAACGACGAAUCCCAACUGUCAGGACCCUCUGGAGUGGACCUCACCUCUCAUCUCGACUGUUUCUAUGCCAUCUAUAAUCAGGUGGUCGACACCCCUCAGGAAGUGCCAUUCCUGAGCAUUCUGCAACAUUUGCUGAGUAUCGAUCCUAAGGAGCCGAUCUCGGAUGUUAUCUGGGACACUGCGGAAGUGUUGGUGCAUCGAGCCACAUUAUUGGAGGGCCCUCAAGAUGCCCACCGAUUGCUCCGCAGCCCAUCCCAGGCGACCUGUCACGAGCCCGGGAGGAAGCGAUCCCUGAAUCUCAAUCUGAAUUCCGCUUUCCCCCAGACAGAUGGGAUGAAGACGCCCAAGAUUCUUUCCCCCACGGGUCCUGCCCCACCUCCACCCCCUCCCCCACCUCCAUCUUUGGGUCCUGUCCCGCCGCCUCCACCUCCAGGCAGAGUGCCCCCACCUCCAGGUGCGCCACCACCACCUCCGGGUGUGGCGCCUCCACCCCCUCCACCGAUGGGAUCCUCCAAGUCAGAGCCACCAGCGCCGAAAGUGGAUCCCGAAAUCGAGAAGAUCAUUCUCCCUCAGCAAGAGAUCCCAACGCCCAAGAGUAAGAUGAAGACCAUCAACUGGAACAAAAUCCCCAAGCACAAGGUUGUGGGUAAAAAUAAUGUAUGGAACAUGGUGGCAUCGAAAUUCAAAGGGAAGCCGAAGAACGACUUAGAUUGGGCAGGACUCGAGGGACUGUUUUGUGUUCAACCUCCUCCCGCUGCCCCGACUGUCGGGACUGUUGCACCUAAUUCCCCGCGUCUUGACGAAAAGAGACGGAAAGAAGUUCAAGAAAUAAAUUUGUUGGAUGGGAAGAGGAGCUUGAACGUGAACAUCUUCCUCAAGCAAUUCCGGAGUUCCAACGAGGAGAUCAUGAGUUCGAUCCGAUCCGGAGAGGGAGAUGAUUUCGGAGCGGAGAGGCUUCGGGGUUUGUUGAAACUCCUUCCGGAACCGGAUGAAAUCGACAUGCUUCGCACUUUCGAUGGAGACAAGUCCAAACUCGGACCAGCGGAAAAGUUCCUACUCAUGCUCAUCGAUAUUCCCUGCUACAAGCUGAGGAUCGAAACGAUGUUGCUGAAGGAGGAGUUUGGGACCCAGAUGAACUAUCUCGAAGCCUCCGUGAACGCUAUGAUCAAUGCUGCCGAAGAUCUGAAAAACAGCAAGGAAUUGCAGGAGGUCCUCUUCAUGGUUCUCGUCGCCGGCAACUUUCUCAAUGCCGGAGGGUAUGCGGGGGAUGCGGCAGGAGUGAAAUUGACCUCGUUGCAGAAACUGUUCGAACUCCGAGCCAACAAACCCGGACUCACUCUCGUCCAUUACGUCGUCAUGCAAGCCGAGAAGAAGAACAAGGACUUGCUCAAGUUCUACGAACACAUGCCUUAUCUAGAGGAAGCCUCCAAAUUGUCGAUUGAGCAACUGAAGAACGAGAUCUUGGCCCUGGAUGGACGAGUGAAGCGACUGAGCCAACAGGUUCAGAAUUCCCCCAACGACGUUCGGAGUCAGAUGGAGCAAUUCCUUCAGAAUGCAGAGAGUCAAAUGUCAGACGUUCAGUUGGAUCUUCAAGUCCUAGAGAAAGUCAAAGUGGAUCUUGCCGAAUUUUUCUGCGAAGAUGUGGAGCACUUCAAGUUGGAAGAGUGCUACAAGAUAUUCCACACUUUUUGCUCCAAGUUCAAGAACGCAGUGAUGGACAACGAUAAGCGAAGACAGCAGGAGUUGCAGGCGGAGCUUAGAAAGAGAUUGAGGGAGGAACAAAGUCUGCUCAAGAGGCGACCCAGUCUCGGUCCAGGAGGAGCAGGUCGACCGAGUUCGUUGGGUUCAGAUUCCGACACGAACAUAGUGGACGCCCUCCUUUCCGACAUCCAGGCUGGCUUCUCGCAGAAGAACAAGGAUAAGCGUCGAAGUGGAGUCGGAUUGAUGAAAGGGAUCCCGAUCGAGGCAGAUAUGGCAAAUCUUCCGGCCACCCCGAGACUCGUCAGGAGGAAAUUCUCCAAUGCCGGACCCGGACCUUCACCGGGACCCGUACUACUCUCCGCCAACGAUGACUCUCCCGAGGAAGGGAUCACGCCGACGGGGAGCCUGAGACGAAGACGAAGCCGAGUGGCGUCAGAAGAGGAGAAUUCCACCGGACUUCUCAAUUUUCUUCGAUCGGGAGGACACGAUGAGACCCGAGAGAGGAAAUCAUGGGCCGGACCGCCUCCU